CAAGAAAGUAUAUCAUUGUCUCUUCACAGUCUCGUGUAGUUUGUGGUUAUUGUGAUCAUUAAAUUGUUAAUUCCAAGAAAAAUGAGUACUGUCAUUUGUUGAUUUUUACCCUCUCUACUAGAACUUGACAAGCUAAAACUUUUGUUUUUUUCUUUCUUACCUAUUUUACAUACUGAUAUGCGAUUCACUUCAUUUGUCACACAAUUGUUUCAAUCAGAUAACAGACAAAAGAGAACUGAAAUUCUAACGCAGCCAACCAAAACACACAAGUCAAUACAAAUCCGCAGAUACAGAGAAUCAAUCAUAGAUAAAAAGCAGUCUUUGAAUGAUAUCGAAGAGUACGUAUCGAGAAAGAAAUCUUUUAGAGAAAAUAGAAACAAACCACUUGAAGAAAAAAGAAGCAAUUGGGACAGUCUUUUUCAAAAAGUGGUGGCCUCCUUAAGCUUUUCUGGGCUCAUAAAGAACGAGCAGAGCCAGUACGAGAGCAAUUUAGUACAUGCAAAGGAUUUUGGCGGUCAAAGCUUCAUUAAUCCUAAAGACACGAAAAAAAACAAUGAACGCACCAAACAACCAAUCCAGAGCAUAGAUAGCUGGAAGAUGUGCACUCGACGAUCAAACACAUAUACUAUCCGAAAUCAAGCAAAAGAAAUGAUUGGCAAUGGAAAUGUCAUUCAGCAACUUCAUACCUAUAACGAAUCUAACAAAGAGCUCUUAGGCAACACUCCUUUUUGUUUCAGGCAAACUGGUUACAUUUCUCCGUCUACCAGUAUCAGUAGGCAUUGCGAUUUUUUUUUUACAAAUCAUAGUACCAUUGAGCCAUCAGCUAGAUAUACUGAUAAACCACCACCUUUGCCUCCUGUUGUUCGUAUGCAAGCACUGAUCCAGAUGUGCGAAAGGUCAUUUGAGAAGCUUAUGAAUGAAAUCAAUAGCGUAGAGACAACUUUAGAUAAUUUCAAUCUGUUAACCGAGUACUGCAACCAAAAGUAG